AUGUCCAUAGCUAUUCGGAUUCCACGUAGGACCGGAUAUGAUGAUGUUGUGUUUGUAGAUUCUAUUAGUAGGUUUGUUCAUUCUGGAAGAAUAAGAGUGGUCUCGGGUAAAAUUGGGUGUAUUGUCACAAGUCUUCUAAAGAUUGUAAAACAGUGUACUAGGAAAUAUUUGAAAUUGAAUUAUGGGUCUUCCAAUUGUGUAUUCGGUGGGUGUCUUCAGUAUGAAGAAAUUGACGUUCAUGGCAAAACACAUGUGACAUAUUGCUCUGGGAUGUUAAGGUCGUAUCGGUUGCAUUUAGAUCAUAUUCAAAGCGUCCAAACUGCAAAGUCUUGUCCUGCUGAUUUUAUACUUAUCGUUGAAAAACUUGUUGUUCUUGAAAGCUUAAUAGAAGAGAAGUUUUGUCACACGUUUCCUUGUGUUUUGGUUACUGGUUGUGGCCAGCCUGACGUUCAAUGUCGGAUGUUCGUCAAGAUGUUACAUGAUGCGCUACGGAUCCCUAUUUGUGUCUUGGUUGAUUUUAAUGCUUACGGGAUAAAGAUUAUGAGAUCUUAUAAGGUUGUCUCAUUUAGUUUAGCAUAUGAAAAUUACAGAUGA